AUUACAUAUCCGCAAUACUGGCGGCCGAUUUGGCGGUGUCCCGUCGCCCACGUUGCCCAGUAGCUUACGUGGCCGGGGAGUGGGAGGGAGGCACGAGCCUCUCCUCUUCUCCGCUCUUCGUUUCCGUUGAUUCUGUUCCGAAUUCCAAACUAGAGAGCAGAGAAUAAACCAGAAGAAGAAAGUCGGCAGCUUUGCAAUAGAAGAUUAGCUUGUCGAGGCCAUGAUAUUAUAGUCAUUACGCGAACCAGGACCGGGUCGAAGAAAAGAAAAAAAUUCCCAUGUCGAGAUUCUCGUUGAUUCACCGGAUUACACCAUUUUUCGCCGCUCGGAUUCGGCAGAACCACAGGCUUCUAAGUUCUUCUUCCUCCUCUCUGCUCCGCCAAGCUCCAUCCCUCGAAGAAUCCGUUCACCUGACCGAAAAUUGCAUCCGGAAAAUGAAAGAACUGCAAGCGAGUGAAACAUCAGCAGAGGAGAAAAUGCUUCGUUUAGGAGUAGAAACCGGUGGAUGUUCAGGUUUCCAAUACGUUUUUGACUUGGACGAUAAGUUGAACCCUGAUGACAGAGUAUUUGAGAAGGAAGGAGUGAAACUAGUUGUUGACAAUAUAUCUUACGAUUUUGUUAAAGGGGCAACCAUAGAUUAUGUAGAGGAACUCAUUCGAUCUGCAUUCCAAGUAAGUUUCCUUCUGUAUUGUAUGUAUUGUGCUUGAUCUAUAUUAGUGUGCUCUCAAUCUGGU